UCCCGCCCCGCAGGCGGUACCGGAAGUGGCGGGCUGGGAUCAGCCUUUAAGAUGGCGUCUCCUCAGGGGGGCCAGAUUGCGAUCGCGAUGAGGCUUCGGAACCAGCUGCAGUCAGUGUACAAGAUGGACCCGCUGCGGAACGAGGAGGAGGUCCGCGUCAAGAUCAAAGACCUGAACGAGCACAUCGUUUGCUGCCUGUGCGCCGGCUACUUCGUGGACGCCACCACCAUCACAGAGUGUCUGCACACCUUCUGCAAAAGUUGCAUCGUGAAGUACCUGCAGACCAGCAAGUACUGCCCCAUGUGUAACAUCAAGAUCCACGAGACGCAGCCGCUGCUCAACCUCAAGCUGGACCGGGUUAUGCAGGACAUAGUGCACAAGCUGGUGCCGGGCCUGCAAGACAGUGAAGAGAAGCGGAUUCGGGAAUUCUAUCAGUCCCGAGGCUUGGACAGAGUCACUCAGCCCAGUGGGGAAGAGCCAGCCCUGAGCAACCUUGGCCUCCCUUUCAGCAGUUUUGACCACGCUAAAGCCCACUAUUACCGCUAUGACGAGCAGCUGAGCCUGUGCCUGGAGCGGCUGAGCUCUGGCAAGGACAAGAACAAAAAUGUGCUUCAGAACAAAUAUGUCCGAUGCUCUGUUAGAGCGGAGGUACGCCAUCUCAGAAGGGUCCUGUGUCACCGCCUAAUGCUAAAUCCACAACACGUCCAGCUCCUUUUCGACAACGAGGUUCUCCCUGACCACAUGACAAUGAAGCAGAUAUGGUUGUCACGCUGGUUCGGCAAGCCAUCUCCUUUGCUUUUACAAUACAGUGUGAAAGAGAAGAGGAGGUAGGGGCCAGCCAGGCUUGCUCCCCGCCCCUCCCCAUCCCUCCCCAGAUAUUUAUGUGAAAUUAACUGUGCCUUUAUUUUUUGAAAUAAAAGCUUUUAAAAAGCA